AUGACAGCAGAAGAAACCUCUCUAGAGAAAAUAAUGGAAAACAUCAGUACGAUAGAAACAGGAUAUCCCGGGCGUUGUUUUCUAUUUAGCUGUUUCAGCUCGCAGGAAAUCCGUUGCAGUGAGCGGAAUCCCGCUAGCUCAAUACCUUUAUCAUCUGGUUUCACAGAAGUUGACAUUCCAAUUGUCCAAAGCAUAUCAACCAAAGUAGAGACUCCAGCAGAACCAGUGUUUGCAGAACCGAUCCCAAAUGUAACCGUUUCAGCAGGACGUCAAGUUAGCAUUCCGUGUGUUGUGGAUAACCUGGGAAGUUAUAGGGUGGCUUGGAUCCAUACAGAUAGGUAUACUUUACUCACCUUACAGAAUCGUGUUAUAACUCGAAAUUCUCGUUACCGUGUAACACACAAUGCACAUAGAACAUGGUGGCUUCACAUUGAUGAUGUACAAGAACGAGAUCGUGGACAGUAUAUGUGUCAAAUUAACACUUCACCUAUGAAAAGUCAAGUAGGAUAUAUAGAAGUUGUCGUACCUCCCCAAAUUGAUGAAAUUCUCACCAGUUCUGAUUCAGAAGUAAGAGAAGGAGCGGACAUGAGUUUAAGAUGCGUGGCCGUUGGUUCACCAGAACCAGAAGUUACUUGGAGAAGAGAGGAUGGGCAAGAAAUUGCAUUCGGAAGAAAGAAAGUUGCGUCUGUGAAAGGUCCUUACUUGAAUGUCACAAAAAUCAGCCGUCUUCACAUGGGUGCCUAUCUAUGUAUAGCAUCUAAUGGUGUUCCUACAUCCGUUAGCAAACGUAUUGUUCUCAGCGUAAAUUGUAAGUUUUCUUGUCUCUUAUAUUUAUAUAACAAGAUUUCAUUUUUAUUAGAGGAUGUAACAUACCCUUUAGGCCAUUCUAUAUAUUUUUUUGUGGCUUGGAUCCAUACAGAUAGGUAUACUUUACUCACCUUACAGAAUCGUGUUAUAACUCGAAAUUCUCGUUACCGUGUAACACACAAUGCACAUAGAACAUGGUGGCUUCACAUUGAUGAUGUACAAGAACGAGAUCGUGGACAGUAUAUGUGUCAAAUUAACACUUCACCUAUGAAAAGUCAAGUAGGAUAUAUAGAAGUUGUCGGAUCUCGUCUUUUAGAAAUCCCACCUCCGUCUUCAACAUCUUCUUCCCAAGGUCCAGAAGCCUUCCAUGCCAAGUCAGAGAAGUUACUAAAUGGCCACCCACCGAGUGCUAUGUCCAGACCAGCAGAGAAAGAUAUUCCUUCCCAUUCGCCGGAAGAUCAAGAUGCUGGAGGCGGAACAGAAUUUAGAAAUAUUUAUCCACCAUCUUCAGAAGUCUCAUCAGAAUCUGAAACAACAACAACUGGAGGGGCUAACACAUCUAAACCAAAUAUCAUCUUCUGGAUGUUUAGUGCAAUUAUGAUAAUGAAUCAUGUGCCCAGGAUUUCGUGACUGAAGACGACCAAAUGGAAACUGUGAACAAUGGAACGGAAUGCGAUACCUAAUCAUAAUAUCGAACAUUGAUUAUACAAGAGGAUUAAAAUUUAAAAAAAAAGAAAAAAAACACGAAACAAACCCAUAAAAAAAUUACUCAGUGCCGCUUGUUUGUCCAAGUUAUAUUGUGCAUCUGUGUCAAUUCGCGAAUGUGAAUCUGUGACGCUAAAGCUACACACGAGAGUGGCUGGGUGUGACUGUGAGCAUAAAUGAACAGUGAAUAAUAUAUAUAUAUAUAUCAACCCCGUGCCAAUAAGUUUGCGGGAGAAGAAGCCGAUAACUUCAAGAACAAUUUUUCUUGCUCAAGGCUUCGGUUUGAUUUUUUUGUUAAGAACUUAUAUAGUAAUCACACAAAAAUCAUUUACAGAAGUAGAGAAUGUUUUGCUAGAAUAUGAAAUCUAUAAAAAAAAAUAUUCAAAAGAAAAAAAAGCAAAGAUUUCUAACAAAAGUGGAAACAGACAGACAAACUAACAAACUGAUUAUUUUAUUCUACAAAGGUGUAUAUUUCGUGAAACCAGAUUAUAACACGAAAUUUGAAAGACAUUUUUAGAUUAAUUUUUACUAAAUUUACUUCAAACUAAAGAUAAUUUAUUAUAUAUUAUUGUAAAAAAAAUUAACGAGCGUGAUUGGUUCGAUUCAUUAAC